AGAAACCCCCAUUCUCCUUUUCAAAGACAACAUAUGAUGGAUUGCGAUCUCCCAGCCCAGCAGGACACGGGGACCAAGCAAGCUGUAAUUGGUCAGGAUCCAAUGAUAGCUGGACAAGUCAGUAAGCCCUUGCUGUCAGUGCGGAGUGAAAUGAAUGCGGAGUUGAGAGGUGAGGACACGGCUGCUACUUCAGACAGCGAGCUGAAUGAACCCCUGCUUGCGCCUGUGGAAUCAAAUGACAGCGAGGACACUCCCAGCAAGCUCUUCGGGGCCAGAGGAAACCUGGCAUUAUCAGACCCAGGCACUCCUGACCAACAGCAGGCCAGUCAGACUCACCCCCCAUUUCCGGUUGGGCCACAACCACUUCUGACAGCACAGCAGUUAGCGUCUGCUGUUGCUGGUGUGAUGCCUGGAGGCACACCAGCUCUCAACCAACCCAUCCUCAUCCCCUUCAACAUGGCUGGACAGCUAGGAGGGCAACAAGGACUGGUUCUUACACUGCCUACAACGAAUCUUACCAACAUCCAAGGACUUGUAGCAGCAGCUGCAGCUGGAGGCAUCAUGACUCUGCCAUUGCAAAGUCUACAAGUCUCUGCAUCACUGAAUUCCAGAGCUGAGCAGUGCUCUGAUCAUCAUCAACAACAACAACAACAACAACAACAACAAACUCCUUGGAUCUUCCUAACCUGUGCAAGUUGUAAGUUACAGGAAAGAAAUAGCAAGCAAUGUGAAUUCACCAACGUAGAGAAACAAAAACACAUCUGGGACCACGUCUCAUUAGCUUUUAAGUUUGACUCCCAAAGCAUAAGCUUGCAUAAAAAUUUUCUCCACAUCAUGAAGAAAAAUUUUUCUCAUCCUCUGCAAACAUUUAUCAAGUACCAAUUGUGGUGUGCAUUGAGGACCCCGGAGCCCUUGUGGCAAGGGUUCAGGUGCUUCUUAGAGUGGGCAUCUACUGAAAAGGACAAUUCGAUGUCCUCAGUUACUCAGUGGGAUGUCUGUGAGGGCACAGAGAAAGCAGAAGAGCAGAAAAGGCUUCUGAAAGCUCCGUUCUGGGAACUAGUGACUGUGUCUGAAAGGCCCAGAUUAGGGAAACCAGAGAAGACUCGAGAAGCUGAAAACUCACCCAAAUCCUUCAGCUUGUACACAUUUUACAACAGAAAAAGUAGAAAAUUUGAGGUUAAAACUGCCUUUAAACUUUCUGAGAACGGUGGUGGUUAUCAGAAGAGAUGGGUAGCAGAUGGCUUUGGUGUUUGGUUCCCCUUCAGUGGAGAUGAUGUUGAGGACACAUUGACCCAGAUGCUUAAGAGUUCUUGGGUCACAAAAUCUUCAGAUUCUCAAACCAUCUUUUCUGAGAUGUUUGUCAUGAGAGUUGUGAUGGUGCUGGUCACACUGAAAAGGCCUUCGCUCACACUCCAGUCUCAGUCCAGAGUGUUCAUGUUUAUAGCAGACUGCUUACCUUUUGCUCACAUCCAGCUCACGCUAAGGAGGGUUGAGUGUAAAGCCACAGGUGAAGAGCCAUCAAAUAACCGGAUUGUUGCUCCGUCCACACAAGAGAACCUGUGCAUUCCUGGAGUUAUCCUGCAACACAAACCCCAAAGAGCUGUGAAGAAUCUAGCUCGGAAAUUUUCUAGCUCCAUUUCCAACCCUAACUGUGCUCUGGAAAAUCAUUAUAUGAGAAAUACUGUAAAAUCAGGACACAAGAAUGAAACAGAGAACAACCAGACACAUUGGAAAAUGCCUAGCACUGGGAAAACAAGACAUGAGGAUGUGAAAACAGAAUGGGAUGGAAACACUAUCAUCUCCAGCCUAGGCUCUCUUCCACCAUCAUGCACUGGGACCUACAAGCUGCCCAUCUCCCAGAGUCCUCUACUUUGGAGCAAUCCACCAGACCCAGUCCAACUGGUUAAUAAUCCUCUAGCAAGUCAGGCUGCAGCGGCUGCAGCAGCAGCAGCCAUGGGCUCCAUAGCCAGCUCACAGGCCUUUGGCAAUGCCCUCUCCAGCCUUCAGGGGGUCACAGGUCAACUAGUUACUAAUGCACAAGGACAGAUUAUUGGAACUAUUCCUCUGAUGCCAAAUCCAGGGCCAUCAAGCCAAGCUGCAAGUGGCACUCAGGGCCUUCAAGUGCAACCCAUCACCCCCCAGCUCCUGACAAAUGCCCAGGGCCAGAUCAUCGCCACCGUCAUUGGGAACCAAAUCCUGCCUGUGAUCAACACUCAAGGCAUCACGCUCUCACCCAUCAAGCCUGGCCAGCAGCUCCACCAACCUUCCCAGACGUCAGUGGGUCAAGCAGCCUCCCAAGGCAACCUUCUGCACCUGGCACACAGCCAAGCAUCUAUGUCUCAAAGUCCCGUCCGGCAGGCUUCCUCCUCUUCCUCUUCAUCCUCCUCUUCUUCAGCUUUAAGCGUGGGCCAGUUAGUCAGCAAUCCUCAAACUGCAGCGGGUGAGGUGGAUGGGGUUAAUCUGGAGGAGAUCCGAGAAUUUGCCAAAGCUUUUAAAAUCCGCCGCCUGUCUCUUGGCCUGACCCAGACUCAGGUGGGACAGGCUCUCAGUGCUACAGAGGGCCCCGCAUACAGCCAGUCGGCCAUCUGCAGACACACCAUCCUGAGAAGCCACUUUUUCCUACCACAGGAAGCCCAAGAGAACACUAUAGCUAGCAGUCUGACAGCCAAACUGAACCCUGGCCUUUUGUAUCCUGCCAGGUUUGAAAAGCUGGACAUCACUCCUAAAAGUGCCCAGAAGAUCAAGCCGGUGCUUGAGCGGUGGAUGGCUGAGGCUGAGGCCCGCCAUCGAGCAGGUAUGCAGAACCUGACCGAGUUUAUCGGGAGUGAGCCGUCCAAAAAGCGCAAGCGGCGCACCUCCUUCACACCCCAGGCCCUAGAGAUCCUCAAUGCCCACUUUGAGAAGAACACACACCCCUCUGGGCAAGAAAUGACAGAAAUUGCCGAGAAGCUGAACUAUGACCGGGAAGUAGUUAGAGUUUGGUUCUGCAAUAAGAGACAAGCCCUGAAGAACACAAUUAAACGCUUAAAACAACACGAGCCCACCACAGCCGUCCCUCUGGAGCCCUUAACAGACUCUAUGGAAGAAAACUCCUAAGGAGACGCUCACCUAGAACAGAAGCAAGAUCCACAGACACUAAAAUCCACCCUUGGAACUGCACCAAAAAUCACAAUAAUCAAUUUAAAAUAAAUCAAAAGCAGCCCUAGUCAUCAUCCUUGUAAGUUAAGAGACAAAGAAAGCUUUACCAAGUGGACAGAGUAGUUGAUACGUGUCCGCUCUGGUUUUCCAAAAUGAAACAAGAAAAAAAAAUUCUUUUGAAAUUUUUUUUUAAAGUGGAAUACACCACAUUGCGAGUGAGUGUGUUAGGGAGUUCCACCCCCCUCAUUUGUCCCCCCACCCCACUUCCCAAAGCCGGUGUUUUAAUGGGCUUAAAGCAAACCAAAUAACCACAUGCUUUUUUUCUGUAAACUAUGAAAAUGUGAACUCAUUUUAAGAAAAAGGAAAAAAAAAAAACUAAACUAAACCAAAAAGAAAAGAAAGGCAAAGAAAAAGGAAAGAAAAAAAAACCCACAACAAACAACAACAACAAAACUUAUCUGUUCAAAGCGAAUACAAGCCUGCCACCUGGAGGAGGGACUGCUUUCUUUCAGGUCCUAAGUGCUGAUUCACUAUGAAACCCAUUAACCAAAGUCAGAUACAUGGCAUUGUAAACUCGAGAUCGUAGGUCUACUCUUCUCUGCGUGUGAAGUUGUGUUACCAGUUUUUACAUUCGUAGUUAAUGGAAAAAUAGGAAGUCUGAUUUCUCCCAUCUUUUCCAACUAUUGUCACCACCAAUGGAGUGCCAUUGUUGAAGCCAUUCGGUGAGGCUAUUCUUUCUUAUUGGGGGAGGAGGGGCUUCUUUUCAGUUCUCUUUGUUUUCAAGGAGGUCAUCCUGGAUCACGUGCCAAAGCAUCUGCUGCUUGCUUCUCACUAUGA